CGCAUGUUGGUCCCGCCCUCUUGGUGCCCGGCUUCCUUCUGCAACAGGCGUGGGUCACGGGCUCGCUCGCUCGCUCUCUUUCCGCCGCCAUCUUGGUUCCGUGUUCUCCGCACAAAAUGCCUGGUGAAGCCACAGAAACCGUCCCUGCUACAGAGCAGGAGUUGCCACAACCUCAGGCUGAGACAGCUGUGCUUCCUAUGUCUUCAGCCUUGAAUGUUACUGCUGCUCUAGGGCAGCCUGGACCUCCCCCUCCUUCCUCCCUGGGCCCCCAGCAAAGCCCUCUAGUAACUGCUCUUCAGCCUUCUCCACUCCCUUCUAGUGUUGCGUCUACCCCCUUUGAAGUUCCUUUUGCCCAGCCCAUAACAGCUGAAGCUGCUCUGCCCUCAGGAACCGCCCCUCCUACCCCGACUUUCCUGCCACACCUGAUAGGGCCUCCCAUCUCCCCAGCUGCCUUAGCCUUGGCCUCUCCCAUGAUAGGUCCAGCUCAGAAAGGUGCCCGCUCCUCCUCAGCUCCCUUGUCUCUGGUCGCCUUAGCGCCUCACACAGUUCCAAGGAGCUCUGUGUGUCCCCCUCACCCUCUCACCUCGCCUCCACCAGCUGCUGGAGCAGAGUCAGGGACAUUGAUAUCUGUGACAGCUUCCAUCCCUCCCUUAGAACCAAAGGCUUCUAGCAGUCAAGUCCCCUCUCAGGGAACCCCAAAUCUACAAGGCACUAGCCCACGCCCUCCAGAUGUGGCCGGUGCUUUCCCUUCCCGCCCUGAAACCCCCCUAGCCCCCAUUCCGCCUGGUUUACUGUCGUGUCCUCAAACACUGUCCAGCACCUCCCCAGUGAAAGGUGUCCCCAUUUCCUCGGCUGUGACACAGAGUCUGCUAAGCCUUAACCUAAAGGGACCUAUUAGUUCCCCUGCUCAGACCCCUACAGCUGCCAGCACCCCCCCAGCACCCUCCACUUCUCUGGGCUCUCCUCUUCCGCUUCUGCAACGCAGUUCUUUGGAUUCUCCUAUCCGGCCUCCAGGUCAGUCAGGUCUUACAGUGAGUAGUGCCAUUUCUGUAGCUCAUUCUUCUAUUGCAGCCUCUUACCCACCCGAGUGCUCUGUAGUUUCUACCCUUCCUUCCAGACAGGAGCUGGCUGCUGAGUCUGCGGCAGCUCCAUCUGUUGACAGAGGCUCCUCUGUUCUUACUAAUGAGAUUUGCAGCCCUCCUGGCUCUUCAAAUGUAGCUGGCACUUCAUUGUCUCCUACAGCUGCUCUCAUUCCCAAAGGUUCUAAUGCUGCUGCUCUGCAGCCUUUGGUGACUCAAGUUCAGGCUUCUCAAAAAACUGGCUUAAAAGAAACUCCUGUUUCCUGUAUUGGAGCCAUCCGCCCUGCGCUGGGUAACUCUUCUACCGUUUCUGUAGCACCUACCACUCACAUGUCUACUCCAGCUUCUUCAGGUCGUGUAAGUAGUGAAGACCCAGCUUCCCCUGUUACUUCACUUGUAUCUGCUACUCACAAGCAGUUUCCUGCUCCUUCAGUAUCAGCUACUCUAGGGGUAGCAGGGUCUCCUCUGCCAGCUGCUGAAGGCCUUAAAAAUCUUCCCAUCUUGGUAAAUGUAGGAGCCCCUGUUUCUCCAGCCCAGGCAGGACUCCCUACCAGGAAAGACACUACUCUGCAGCCCUUGGCCCCUGUAGCACUGAAAGGGUCUCCCUCUUCUCCAAAUGCAUCAUCUUUGGAGGCACCUUCUGAAGGCACUGUAACAAAGACUACUACUGGAGGGCCUGCCCCUGCAGUGCAGCCAGCUGUUGCUGCUACUACUACCCUGCAUGCCGACUCUCCGCCUACCGUCCUCAGGGCAGAUUCUUCUGUUAGUCAACCUCUCAAAAGUUCCUUUGAUGCCCCAGCAAUGGCUCCGUUUCUUUCAGAAGCUUGUGAUUCUAAAGGGCUGGCUCCUAGAACUGCCAAAGAUACCUUUCCUUCUUCCACUUCAUCUCUGGUUCCUUUAGCCUCCGAAGGCUGUCCUGUGACGCCAUCUAUGGCUUUGUCCUCCCAGAAUGCUUCUGUUUCCGUGACUACUUUGGCAUUGUCCCCUGAAAUUCCCAAGUCUGUACCCUUUCCUGAUUCCUCAUCUUCAGACACUAGUGUGUCUGCUCAGACUACGCAGCCUGUAUGCAGGAAGGGCUCUGCUCUCCCAGAUGUUUCUCCUGGCAAUGUUUCAUCUCCUCCUUGUCCACUUGAGGCUUCUUUCCUUCCAGAGGCAGGUCUGUCUUUUCAAGGCUCUAAAGGCUCACUUAUGCUUUCUCCCAUUCCUCCGUCCUCCAAAGGGGCCCCUCUUCCUUCAACUGUGGCUCCUCCCUCUGCUAAAGGGGCCCCUACUGUUCCAACAGAAACUUCUGUGUCCUCCAAAAAGGUCCCAGCAGAAAUUCUUCUUUCCCCCCAAAAGACCCCAGAAGUUACAGCUUCCACACUGAUCUCAGCAGUCCAGUCUCCUAAAGUAGACCCUGUUGUAUCAGGUGUGACUCCUGCCUCUCCCAAAAAGAUGCCAGCAACCCUGUCUCUCAAAAGUGUCCCAGCUGUGACUUCUCUGUCUCCUCCAAAGACUCCUGCAGCCCCAUCUCCUAAUGAAGCCCCCAUUGCUCCUACUGAGGUUCCCACCUCCCUCAAAAAUGCUCUAGCAUCUGUAACCCUUAAAGAGACUUUAGCAACCUCAACCCCCAAAGGUGCCUCUACUGCCCUAGCUGUGACUUCUCCUUCCCCACAAAAAACUCCAAAAUCCACAUCCCCUAAGGGUAUCCCAGCAAUGACCUCUAAAAAGGCGACAGAAAUUGCAGCCUUUAAAGAAGUCUCAACAUCCCAGUUUCCCAAAGAGGUACCUCUUCUACCACAAGUGGCUCCUACUUCCCCACCAAAUGACGCACUUAGUGGGGCUCUAACAAGCCCAUCCCCCAAAGGUGCCCCUGCCACCCUAGCUGAGGGUCCUACUUGUCAUAAAAAGUCCCCCAAAACUGCAGCCCCCAAAGAAAUUCCAGCGACUCCAUCUCCUGAAGGGGCCACAGCUGUACCACUGGAGAUUCCUCCUUGCACUAAAAAGGCACCCAAAACUGCAACCUCCAAAGAAAGUUCAGCAACCUCAUCUUCCAAAGGGACCUCUAAAACUACAGUUUCCAAAGAAAGUCCUUCUAAAGGGGUCGCAGAUGUGCCAUUAGAGAUUUCUCUGCCUCUAAAGGAGACCUCCAAAAGUGCAACUCCUCCUGAAAAUUCAGCCUCAUCUCCUAAAAGGUCUCCCAAAACUGUUCCUCCCAAAGAAAUCCCACCUGAAGGGGUCACAGCUGCCCUGGAGAUUUCUCUGCCUCCAAAAGAGGUGCCCCAAAAUGCAACCCCUAAUGAAAAAUCAGCAGCCUCAUCCCAAAAGGCCCCCAAAACUGCAGGCCCCAAACAGGUUCCUGUAACCCCAUCUCCCAAAGAUGACUUUACUACCCUAGCUGAAAGUCCUCUCUCUCCCAAAAAGGCAUCCAAAACUGCAGCCCCCAAAGAAGCUCCAGCAACCCCAUCUGUGGGGGUCACAGCUUUAUCAGAGGUUUCUCCCUCCCCCAAAAAGACCUCAAAAACUGUAGCCCCCAAAGAGAAUUCAACCUCAUCCCAAAAAAGAUCUCCCAAAACUGCAACCCCCAAAGAAAAUUUGACUUCAUCCCCCAAAAGGUCCCCCAAAACUGCAGCCUCCAAAGAAACUCCAACCAUAUCCUCUGAGGGGGUUACAGCUCUGCCACUGGAGAUUCCUCCUUCACCCCCAACUCCAGCCUCCAAACGGGUUCCUGUGGCCCCAUCUCCCAAAGGGGCCCCUAAUACCCUAGCUGAGAGUCCAGUCUCCUCUAAAAAGGCCCCUAAAACUGCAGCCCCCAAAGAAACCUCAACUGCAUCCCCCCAAGAAAUUCCCAAAAUGACAGGUCCCAAAGAGACUCCAGCAACCCCUUCCAAAAAGACCCCCAAAACUGCAGCCACCAAAGAAACUUCAGCACCUUCUGAGGGGGUCACAGCUGUACCACUGAAGAAUCCUCCAUGUCCCAAAAAGGCCCCCAAAACUGCAGCCCCCAAAGAAACUCCAGCCCCAUCUCCUGAAGGGGAAACCACUGCACCAGUGCAGAUUCCUCCCUCCCCCAGGAAGGGUUCUAAGACAGCAGGCUCCAAAGAAACACCCACAAGCCCAUCUCCUGAAGGGGUCACAGCUGUGCCACUAGAGAUUCCCUUAUCUUCCAAAAAGACCCCCAAAACGGCAAGUCCCAAAGAAAGGCUAGUAACCCCAUCUUCCAAAAAGCUCGCCCAGACUGCAGGCCCCAAAGAAACUCCAUCUGAAGGGGUCACAGCAGUACCAGUGGAGAUUCCUCCUUCCCCUAAAAAGGCCCCCAAAACUGUAGAUCCUAAGCAGGUUCCUCUAACCCCAUCUCCUAAAGAUGCCCCUACUACUCUAGCUGAAAGUCCUCCCUCUCCCAAAAAGGCACCCAGAACUGCAGCCUCACCCUCUGAAAAGGUCACCACUGCACCACCAGAGAAACCUGCCACCCCACAGAAGGCCUCAGCAACUGCAGCCUCCAAAGCUCAUGUCCCUGCUGAGACACAGGAAGUUGCUGACUCCCCUAGAGAGACUCCAGUAACUCCAGCUGCACCCCCAGUCAAGAAUCCUUCCUCCCAUAAAAAGACCCCAAAGACUGUAGAUCUCAAAGAAGCUCCAGCAACCCUCCCUCCCUCCCCCACAAAGAGCCCCAAAAUUCCAUCAUCCAAAAAGGCACCAAGAACUUCAGCCCCUAAAGAGUCUCCAGCGAGCCCUUCCAUUAAAGCUGUCACCACCUCACUGGCACAGACAGCUCCCUGUCUGCAAAAGGCCUCAUCAACUACAGUCCCCAAGGAAAAUUUAGCUGCCCCAGCUGUUACUCCUGUCUCCAAUGAAAGCCCAGCAGCCCCAACACCUGCAAAUGCUCCCACUAUCCCAGCUACUGCAGCUCCUCAAACAACUCCACAAGAGGCCACAACAGUCCCAUCUUGUAAAAAGGCUCCAGCCACUGAGACCUCCAGUGAGACUUCAACAGCCCCAGCUCUGAAAGGGACCCCCAAGGCGAUCUCAGAAACUCCAGUGUCCAAAGGAGUUCUCACACCCACAGUCAGCUCUUCCCCUCCUAAAAAGACCCCGUCCUCCAAAAGGGCCUCUGCUCCCCCAGCCACGCCUCUCUCCUCUCUCAAAGAGGCCUCUGUUCUGUUACCCAUCACCACUUCUUCGGCAAAAGACUCCCAUACUUCCCCAGUGUCUGAUGCUUGUAGCACAGGAACCCCUCAGGCAUCUGAAAAGCUCUCAGCAGAGAAAGAUCCUACAGCUCUCACAGAAGUGCUUGCUGCACCUGCUCCAGGGAGUUCUUUGGUCACCACUGCUCCCAUUCAGAAAGGCCCAGGAGCCAAGAGCAAUUCUGCUUUGCCUCCUAAGUGCCCAGAUCCCUCUACUAAGGAUGCAAAGGGCCUCCUUUCUGCAGUAGCUCUAGCCCCUCAGACAGUACCUGUUGAGAAAGAGUCUUCAAAAACUACAGAAGCUCUGCCUGUUUGCCCUGCAAAAGGCAGUGAUUGUCUUCCUUUCCCAAAGGGUCCCAUGGAGUCUCAGGUAGCUGUUCCUCCAGCAGCAUUUACCUCUGACAAAGUCCUUCCAGAAGCUGUAUCUGCGCCUGUGACUCCAAAGCCUAUCCCAGCAGCUUCCCUGACUCUUGCUCCCUCCCCAGUUCCCCCUCUGCCUCCUAAACAGCCAUCUCUUCAGUCUGCACCUGGGUCAGUGCUGGAAUCACCCUCUAAGCUCCCAGUCCCUGCUGAUGAGGAUGAGCUGCCGCCUCUGAUUCCCCCGGAAGCAGUCUCUGGGGGAGAGCCUUUCCAGCCGAUCCUCGUCAACAUGCCCACCCCUAAACCUGCUGGGAUCCCUGCCCCAGCCCCCUCUGCCAAGCAGCCUGUUCUGAAGAACAACAAGGGGUCAGGAACAGAGUCUGACAGUGAUGAAUCCGUGCCAGAGCUCGAGGAACAGGACUCCACACAGACAGCCACACAACAAGCCCAGCUGGCAGCCGCGGCCGAAAUCGAUGAAGAACCUGUCAGUAAAGCUAAGCAGAGUCGGAGUGAGAAGAAGGCGAGGAAGGCCAUGUCCAAACUGGGUCUUCGACAGGUCACAGGGGUCACGAGAGUCACUAUUCGGAAAUCUAAAAAUAUCCUCUUUGUCAUCACAAAGCCAGAUGUCUACAAGAGCCCAGCUUCAGAUACCUACAUAGUGUUUGGGGAGGCCAAGAUUGAAGAUUUGUCUCAGCAAGCACAGUUAGCGGCAGCUGAGAAAUUCAAAGUUCAAGGGGAAGCUGUUUCAAACAUUCAAGAAAACACCCAGACUCCAACCGUCCAAGAGGAGAGUGAAGAGGAGGAGGUUGAUGAAACUGGUGUGGAAGUUAAAGACAUAGAAUUGGUCAUGUCACAAGCAAAUGUAUCAAGAGCAAAGGCUGUCCGAGCCCUGAAAAACAACAGUAACGAUAUCGUAAAUGCUAUUAUGGAAUUAACAAUGUAACUGACAGCAAGGACACACACACCCUCCUCUUUCCCCCCUUUUUGGUGUUUGAAAAGUGGAACUACAGCUUGGUUUAAAAUUUGUACUGUUUCUAUCACUAAUAAAGUUGUGGCUUCUUGUUGGAUGGA